AAAUUUGUCAGUCUUAGGAGUGUGUAGCAUUUUCACACAUCUCGUUCAACAUUUCGGUCGACACAUUCUCGAAAGUCAAAUAAAGGCAACUCGUUUGUAAAUCUAAAAAGUAAAAGUAAAAUUUUCCCCUGACUUGGGGCGUAUUAAAUAUUUUCGAUCCUUGUUUUCGCGCUCUUUUGGUAUAAGAAAUUCAAAAAAUUCAGAAAAUUAUCAAUCAAGACGAAUCACCAUUAUCAAAAACGUUGAACUUCUUCCUUCUGCGCUCUUUUGAUCCAAGAAAUACAAGCAAUUGUCAAUCAAGACGAAGACCCAUUACCAAAAACGUUGAACUUCUUCCUGCUAAGCUGUUUUGAUCCAAGAAAUCUACGAAAUCAAGUCGAAGAAUCAUCAAUAAUACCCAGAUCCAGAUCAAGAACAAAAGAAUUGCUCAAGUUUAGAUGUUAUUUAUAUUUCUGGAAGCUUGAAAGAAGAUUCCAAAAUCAACUCUCAACUGUACCAUUGGAAAAGACUGUCUUUGAGGAGCCACCUUCAGGAUGUCGGACCGUAAGGCUGUGACCUGUGUACUCAAUGUGGUCCUUUGUGGAGCCACUGGGUUUGGUUUCGUCAAGGCUGCACCUGCUGAGCAUCCUUGGGCCUUCACCGCUUGCCUCAUUGGAUUCUGUCAUGGUUUGACGGGUCUGCUCCAUGCCCUGGUUGAUCAUCAUGAUGAUGAAGACCAUCGCAAUCAUUUUAGAAAAGCCCAUAGGGUGACAUCUAGAAUCAUGGAGAUUAUACCCUUGCCGCUGGUCAAUGUGGAUCUAUAUCUGGCCGCGGAGAGUAACAAUAUAGCCUUGGCCCAUGGCAUGUUCCUGGUCCCGCUUGGAAUAAGUAUGAUUCUGGGACUGUUCAGGAGCGAAGUAGAGAACGAGGAUUUCGGCACUUUGGAUACCCUAAAGGUUCUCACCAUAUUGGGUAAUAUCACUUCGCUGGUCUUUCUGGCCAUCAACGACAGCAGCUGGAAAUUAGGUGGAAUGGCCUUCCUUGCCUUCAUGGCCAAGUUCGGGGCCGAGUACGUCGAGGAUAAAUGGGUCGAGCGCAGCGCUAUGCCCAUUACCUACAUCAGCUGGUCAGGAUUCUUUAUUCUUGCUGCCUUGGCCGUAUCGGGAGAGAAGUAAAAUAUAUAGAGAAUUCCUGCAUUUUCAAGGAUCAAAUUUGCUAGUUUUUGAAGUAACUCCAAGCUGAACCCGUACUUAAAACCAAUGAACCCUUGAACGAGCAAAAUGUUGAAUAAAUUUUGCAGCAACAAAAUAAUGUUAAA